AUGAGGAGAGCAAUUCAAAAUUUCAAGAAAUUUGCAACUGAGUCUUGGGAGAGGUUUAAGGAGAUGAGAAAGAAAAGUCCACACCAUGGCAUUCAAAGUCGGGAUUUGAUGAUGGUAUUCUAUGGAGGGUUUCUUGACCAUUCAAGAGUUCUAGUUGAUGCUUCUUCGGGUGGCUCAAUCACAUUUUUGGAACCAAAUCAAGCCGAGGAACUACUGGAGAAGAUUGCUAUGAAUGGAUCAACUUGGUACUCGGAGAGAUCUUCACAAAAACCUAUAAGAGGCAUACAUGAAGUGGAGAAAAUUUUAGCCUUGUCAGCUAAGGUUGAUAAUGUUGCUUCCAUGGUCCAAAAGCUUGCUCAAAUCACUCUCCAAAAGCAAAAUGCGAGCUACAACAACAAUCCUUUCAACCUCAAGGGGCCUAUAAUUCAAAUUCCUCAAGAAACCACUCAGGUUUUCCAUGGAGAAAUCCAAUGGGGGGCUGCAAAUCCCCAACAUUUUGUCAAUAGAGGACCACCAGGUUUCCAAGGGCAACAAUUCCAAGGUAUGCAGUCUCAACCUAGACCUCCUUUACCCACUUUGGAAGCUCCCCCACAACCAGAUUUGGGAGCCAUGAUGAAUAUCCUGCUAAAAUCCCAAUUGAAAAGUGAAAAGAGACUCAAGCAAGUGACUGAGAGAUUGGAUCGACUAAGUGCUCACAACAAGAUGCUAGAAAAUCAACUUGCCAAUCAAGCCUCAACUUCUAGCACUAAAGACACUGGGAAGUUUCCAGCUUGCACCGAGAACCCAAUAGAACAAGUCAAUGCCAUUGUCACAAGGAGUGGGAAGAUUGUUGAUGUGGAGAUUGAGGAGAAUCUUGAAGAGGAAGAAGCGGGGCAAGAUUCUUUGAAGUCAAAUCAACAAGUCAUGAUAAGUUUGAAAGUUUCUAUUCCUUUACUUGACUUGCUUUCUCAAGUUCCUUCUUAUGGAAAAUUUUUGAGGGAUAUUCUUACUAAGAAGAGGAAAUUUGGGGAUCAUGAGAUGAUUGAUAUGGCUCAAGAGUACCGGGCCUUGUCUCGAGCCAGUGUUAAUGUCAUGCCAUUAUCUCUUUGCCAAAAGUUGAAAUUGGGAAAUCCACAACCGGUCAAUCUCACGUUGACAUUUGCAGAUCAAUCUACUACAAGCCUCAAUGGAAUUCUUGAAGAUGUCCCAGUCCGGGUAGACAAGUAUUUUGUGCCUUGUGAUUUCAUUGUGAUAGCUGGUCAAGAGAAUCCUAAUACUCCCAUCAUUUUGGGAAGGCCUUUCUUGGCUACAACUGGAGCAAUAAUUGAUGCGAGAAAGGGAUCCAUGAUCUUUGAUUUUGGAGAGGAGGAAGUGGAAUUUGAUGUUCUUGAUGAGUCAAAGUCUCAAAAAGUUGAGAAUUGUUCUAGGUUAAAUGCAAGUCCUUGGUGCAUGUUGAUUCUAGUUUUAUGA